AUGCAAGUCCAAUAUCAGCUGCCACCUCCUCUUGGCCAUGCGGUUCCUGUGUUGAAGGAGCACGCAAUUUCUGUACACUUCCCUGCCUGGGCCGAUGUGGCAGGCUACGGGUCUGGAAACAAAGAAGUUACGGCGGCUUUACAAAAUGGCUAUCCCAGGACCUUUUUGCACACGUUCGUUCGAGAGUUCUUUAAUCGAUGUCUCCACGACCUCCCCCAGCCCGUGGAAAGCAUCGCCGUGUUCCCCGAUUACCAGAGUGCAGCUGACUGCCGGUCUUUCUUGAUGGACAAGAAGCUCCACCCAGACGGUGCUGUUGACGAGAAGGAUACAUCACUAUUUGCGGUGAAACUCAGUCAGGGACCCUCACAAUCUGAUGCUGAAUUCGCCUCGAUCCCCCAGCUCUAUGCUGUGACACAUCCGCAUGCCGCAGAGUCGCAGAAAAUGACGUUCUGGAGAUUGAACGGUCGUGGCAUCUCUUCCAGAGUGGCCAAACAAUGCCUUCAAUGCAGCAAGUGUGAACUGAAACCUGUUGCUGGCUCGCUACAAGAAUCUUCCAAUAUCAAGGAUCUGGCCGUCUAUGGCACCCUUCGCAAGCGGGUGGCCGACCUCAUCUCGCGCUCCCCCAUUAAUCCUAAUAAGCCCUUGCCGACCAGUGAGGAUGUCUUUCUCAGCGCAUCGGGCAUGGCUGCACUCUAUCAUGUCAACCAGGCGCUUUUACGAUGGCGGAGGGCUGACAUUGUGAUGCUCGGCUUCCCCUAUGAGCUCUCUAUCAAGAUGAUUGAGACAAUUGGUGUGCCGUACCAUCUGUACAGCUUUGGCACCGAUCAAGAUAUCGACAAUCUGGAAGCACUUUUAAUCAAGAAUGCUGACGAAGGCCGCAAAAUUCAAUCUGUGUGGUGUGAAUGUCCCAAUAACCCGGUCUUGCGAACGCCGGACAUGCACCGGGUGCGUGAGCUGGCAGACAAGUACGAUUUCCUUUUUGUGGUGGACGAUACCAUUGGGAGUGCCGCCAAUAUCGAUGUGACUGAUGUUGCUGAUAUCAUUGUCACAUCAUUGACGAAGAACUUCAGUGGCUACGCCAAUGUUCUCGGAGGAUGUGUCACUUUGAACCCGAACUUCCCUCAUUACCGAGAGCUCAGCACCGUCUUCGCAGCAACUCAUGUCAACAACCUCUUUGCAGAAGAUGCGCUUCAGUUAGAGGUCAACAGUCGCAACUACCUCGAGCGCUUUACGCAGCAAAACAAGACCGCUGCCUAUCUGAUUGAUUAUCUGACCCCCUUCAUUGCUGAUCCCCACAGCGCGCUGAAUGAUAUUUAUUCGCCCCGUGUCUGCUGGAGCCGAAAGAACUACUGCAAAUUCAUGCGACCCGCGACCGACGAAUUCGAGCCGGGCUUUGGCUCCGUCUUUGGAGUGGAUUUUGCGACCACUGCGCAAGCGUCCGCUUUCUUUGACAACUUCCCCGUGUGCAAAGGGCCUUCAUUUGGUGCCGAUGUCACCAUUGCCUUACCGUAUGUUCAGCUGGUCAUGCAGAACCAGAAGGACUGGGCUAGAGGGCAUGGACUGAAUGAGACUUUGAUUCGAAUCUCUAUUGGUCUCGAAGACCCAGAAGUGUUGCUGGGUCAUAUCAAGGCGGCUUUGCGGGCGGCGGAUGAGGCCCAGGCAUCGCUCUGUCGCGACAUCAUGUCAUGA